AUGUCAGCAACUACUGCACAGAAUGAUAUAGCAAGAUCAAGCUCUCAUUAUCCUAAAAAACAAAGAAAAAUAGACAGUUUUUUUAACCAUUCUAUAGCAACAACAGUCCCUAAUCAGAAUGAACAAUGUGACCCUGAGGAUAUCUUUUAUGACACCACUUUACCUGAUCACUCUACAUCAGUAACAAAUAAUAUCUCAGCAGCAAAAUCAAAAGUACCUGUACAGGCAGAAUGUGUUUCUCAAGUAGUCAGUGCAAGAGAACAAGAUAUGGAGAUGUACAAAGGCUUCAAACUUGAUGCUGCUUGGUUGCAGAAACACCAUUCAGAACUGAAAGCAAUAAAACUGGGUUCUCGUAAAGGUCUAAAAUGCAAACUGUGCUACGAUAACAUUUCUGAAGCUAAAAAGUAUGCUCGAAAUGGUACUGUCCCAAUAGCUGAUGGUGUUCGGUGUGACGGCAUGCAACAGCUUCGAAGAAUUAUUGAUCACUUGAAAGGUGGUGCUCAUAGUGCUGCACAACGGGCCGAUCUUGCACGAAAGCAAUGGACAUGGGUAAAAAUUUUGAAACAACACAAUAUUGAACUGAUAUCAACUCUUAUUCGCCUUACAGUUGAUGUACACAAUGAUUCAGUAACAAAAACGCUGUCAGCUUGGUCUUGGCCAAGUCGUUCACUAGCACAAAUGCAUGCAGAAAACCAAGUUAAGCAAUACAUUGAUCACGGUUUUGAUUGUGACUUUGUGGCGUUUAAUCCACCCCAGUCAGCAUUGCAUUACAGAAAUCCUGACCGGUACAGAGAGAUAUUAUCAUUUGUGUCCAAGCAUGAAUUGAGCAGAGUUAUUCAAGCAUUGAAAAUCGCAGACUGUGUCGCCCUAAAAAUUGACAAAUCUGUUGAUAAAUACAAUGCUGACGGUCUGUUUGUUACUACCAGAUACAUGGACAACACUAAUUUUGAGAUGAAAGCUAGUUUUCUGGGCGAAUGCCACAGUGAGUUAAGAGGAGUAAUUGGGAUGGUCGAUGCUUUGCGGAAACGUUUCCAGUAUCUUGAAAUUGAAGAUGUCAUUAAAGCAAAGAUGGUGGGUCUUACGACAGAUGAGGAAAAUUCAAAUACUGGACGUCACGGGGGGUUGUGGGUAAAGAUGUUUGAGUAUUUAGGGCACAACAUGUUGACAUUUUGGUGUAUAGCUCACAGAUCUGACCUGGCUUUUGAAAGCGUUGAAAACGUGGUUCCGAAGUUUCGUCAUUGGUUAACAGAUGUAAAAAAUUUCGCUACUUAUUUUCGUGGAUCAAGCUACCGACAAGAAAACCUGCAUGAAAUUGCUGCAAAUUUGGGUGAGACUGCUGAACAUUUUCCACGGCAUCAUGAAGUUCGUUUUGAGGAGCACCUUGCCAAUGUUGUACUUGCAGUUCUGUCUAAUCAUCAGGUGAUGUGCGCUCACAGGAAGACAGUUGUACAACAAGGUGAAAAUAAUGAAAAAAAUAAUGAAAAGCAAAGAGCAAGAGGUUUUCUGAAGGAUUGGUCCCAAACUUCAUUCAACUUAAACAUGAGUGCUGUUGCUUUGGAUAUCUUGCGACAGUUCACUGAUUUACAAAAAGAAGCUCAACGCACGUUUGUUACCUUGGCUGAUUUGAUGCAAAAACGCGACCACGUACUUCAGCCUGGUUCAAACAUUUCUUAUAACUUGCCCUCACAGCAUGAUCACGGAACGGGUAAUUUCAUGCCAUACAGAAUUAAAAAGCGACCUUCGAUCAUCUAUGUCGAGAAAUACUGUGAAUGA